UUUCUCAGUUCUCACAGAAGGUCAAUGGACAGUAAGUGAAGUACUAGAUUCUACUGAUCUUACUAAAGAGGCCUAUCAACGCAACUAUCAAUCACUCCUUAAAACAAGACAAUGGUGGCAAGAUCAUUGUUCUAAAGUAUAUCCAACAGAAAAGGAAGUACAACAGCAGCAGUACAUACAAGCAUUGCAACAUGAGUUGAAAGUAUUUGAAGUAAAUAAAAUCUCACUACAGGAAGCACUCCUUCAGGCUAGUCACCAAGGUGAUGUUACUGAUAAUACUUACACUAACACUCCUCCUCCUCCUCCUCCUGCUAGUGUGAAUGAUUCCAAACUGAAGAGUUCACUACAAGAAUGGAUGAACAUUACUGAAAAGAUUGAAAAUCUUAAAGCUAAAGUUGUUGAUAGUGAAACUUAUAUAGCCAUGCUGACAGAGGAGAAAACCUUAACUAAUAAAGAAAAUGAGAAACUUAAAGCAAAAAUUGCUGAUGUUGAUCUGGUAAUUGCUAAACUGACAAAAAAGAAAUUACAACUAAAGGAAGAGUUGCAGUCAAUGAAAGACACCACAACUGCUGAAUAUAAUGAGAAGCAACUAAAGGAGAGAGAGCCGGUCAAAGAUAUUGGUAUUCAGUUUGAUUAUGUUAUUCCUUCGAUGGAUACUUUAGAGUGUCUGAGUGACAUUAACAUAGCCAGUAAGAAACUGUUCCUAAUACAAGGAGACAGACCUCAACUACUAAACUGGGAGAGGUAUGGGCUAAGAAUUGGAGUAUCUGGAGGAAGCCUAACAUCCACAGAAACAGCUGAGGUAGCUGUGGUAGCUCUUGUAGGAGGACAGUUUGUGUUUCCUAAGAACACGAUACUUGUUAGUGCUGUGUAUGCCGUCUCCAUUUCCAGACCUCUCCUCAAAGCACUGAGGCUUGAGAUCCAACACUGCGUUGAUUUUUUGAGAGGAGUUAAAACAAAAUAUUUGAAAUUCGCCAUAGCUCCCAUUAGCACAGCCAGUCUUCCUUACGAGUUCUUCAUUGUUGAUGGAGGUGAAUUCAGUGAGGGGAAAUGGUACGGAUCCAUUAAUAGGGAGAAAUUUUGUCUUGUGAGUAUCGUUGGGUCCUUGACUAAUGGAGGAGAGGAGGAGGAGGAACAAGAAGGAGAGGGAAAUGGAGGAGACCAUAAUGGAGAGAAUGAAAAUGGAGGAGAAGAUCAUGAAAAGGAGGAAGGAGGAGAGGGACAGGAACAAGGAGCAGGAACUAUGGAAGAGGAAGAAGAGAAAGGAAAGGAAGAUGAGGAAAACGGUGAUGGAGUACAAGAGAGAGAAGGAGAUGAGACUGAGGAACAAAAACAAGAGACCAAAGGACAGCAUACACUGCAAGGAGAGGAAGGAGAAAAUGAUAAAGAAAAAUCCUCCACUGGUGUGGCAAAAGCAAUAAUGUAUUCUGGAAUAACUUAUUAUGAACAAGAUGGAGCAGAGGAUCUAAUGACAUUUACUGCUGCAAAGAAUUUAAAUGCACUCCUUGAGUUUGUUCAAAAUUAUCACAAGGAGUCUAAAAUGGGACAGAAUAUAACCUUUCGGAUAAAAGAUGAUAAUGAAUAUAUUGAGCUGGUUCUUGAUCAUACUCCACAAGAUGACCCAUUUACUGGUUGGAAAAUCAAACCACACAUUAAACCUUCCAGACUUUAUAAAGAAGAUAUUGAUAAUUUUGGUGGAGUAGAGUAUCCCUUGCCCCCCACUUGCUUGAUUUCAGUUUACGGGUCACCUGCCCCUGGUACUGAAGCUAUGCUACACUAUGCUAUACCAAUUGAAGGUGUAGUCCAUCCAGUAACAAUCUUCAUCCACAGAUCAUUAAGAAAUUCUCCUCAUCCUUCAUCAGCAUCAGCCACUACUGCAGUACAAACUGGAGCACAAGCUAGUCCUAGUGUAUCUACAGAUCAACAGGUCCAGCAACCAUCAGCCAUCAUGCCCAGAAAUGCUCCUAAUCUUUAUUCAGGUAUUGAUAGUAAGACUAUGAAGAAAACCAUCAAGCAAGUUCUGACUCAGCACCAAGUUGACUUGAAUGAUGUUUUUGAUCUCUCUCUGAAAAGUAUCUCUAAUGAGCUCCUUCAAGUUGGUAUCAUACCACAAGACAUCCACAAAUCCCCAACUUACGAUAAAAUAAUCGGAUCGUUUCUCUCUGGCAUUAAUUUCAUGCGCACUCAGUCUGAAGUAGAGAAGAGGAUUAAGAAGUUUUUGUCUGCUCUGACUAAUGUUGGAGGGCCAGUAGCUGAUGCUUCUGCUAUGAUACAAGAAGAAUGGGAACUAGCAAUGGAGAGUUCACAAUGAACUAUGACUGCAAUACUUUUUAUACACAACUUGCAAUCACAUGGAAAUCAAUAACCUGUGGUAAUUCAACUAUUAUUUUACACACACACACUCACCUGUCACAUUAUGUACAUGCUAUUUAUUAUUAAGCAUUAUUUAUGAAGUUAUUUUAUUUGUGACUUUAUGUUAUGAAUUUUGUUAUUUUGAA